GUUUGGGGAGAGAGGGUCCCGCAGGGCUGGGGGAUGGAAGGCGAGGAAAACUGAUGCCGAGGAGUCCGACGGGGGAGAGGUGCAGCGGCGGCAGCCUGAGCAGCGACGGCUCCACGUCGUUGGGAGGAGGAGCAGAAAGAGAGAAAGCGGCGGAAAGGACCGGCAGUGCGCUGUCUUUGCGCGGAGACCGUGGCCUUCUUUCUCUAAUCUCCACCGCCCGUCUGCAGUGCCCUCCUGUCCCCGCGGGGCCGGGGCCAUGUCGGGGCCGGGGCCGGGCCCGGGGGAGCCGGACGAGCAGUACGAUUUCCUGUUCAAGCUGGUGUUGGUGGGGGAUGCGAGCGUGGGCAAGACGUGCGUGGUGCAGCGCUUCAAGACGGGCAGCUUCUCGGAGCGCCAGGGCAGCACCAUCGGUGUGGAUUUCACCAUGAAGACGCUGGAGAUUCAGGGAAAGCGGGUCAAGUUGCAGAUCUGGGACACAGCUGGGCAGGAGCGUUUCCGUACCAUCACCCAGAGCUAUUACCGAAGCGCCAAUGGAGCCAUCCUUGCCUAUGACAUCACCAAAAAGAGUUCAUUCCACUCUGUGCCCCACUGGAUUGAGGAUGUCAGAAAGUAUGCAGGCGCCAACAUAGUCCAGCUACUGAUUGGAAACAAGUCAGACUUAAGUGACCUUCGAGAAGUUCAGCUGGCUGAAGCCCAGCUUCUGGCCGAGCGUUACGAGAUCCUCUGUGCCAUCGAGACCUCUGCCAAGGACUCCAGUAACGUAGAGGAAGCCUUUGUGAAGGUGGCCACCGAGCUCAUGAUGAGGCACGGGGGACCUGUGUUCAAUGAGAAGAACACGGACAACAUCAAACUGGACAGCAAGGACGUGGCAGAAAGCUGGGGCUGUGGGUGCUGAUGGUGCCAUGCUCAGGUGGUGGGCAGGCACCAGCGCAGAUGGGAUGAUAGGCAGUGCUAAUACUGUAGUUUUCUCUGACCUAAUGCUAAGUAGUGUUAUUGCAAUAACUCCUGCCCCAAAAUGGGGGACCAACGAUUCUGUAGCCGCCAGACCAGUUUUGAUUGUGCUUUGCCGAUUUUUUUUUUCCUUUUUAAAGGGACAUAGUUAAAAGCAGUUGGGUCUACUGCUAUGGCCAUAAUGCAAAAGGGGAGAGUUUCCCUGAAGGAAGGAGUUAGGGGGAAGGGGACCUCUGAGGUCCCUAAUGGCUCCUUUGCUAUAAGGAUGACUGUAGGCUUGCUCAUUAGUUGACUUUGGUUUAGAUGCAGAAAAGAGGAAGGGAGGCCAGAGCAUUCUCCCCCAAACUCAUUUGAGGAAAAAGUUUCAACCCAGCAUCCUUUGCUUGUGUCCCUUUAAAUCCUUCACCUUGUAGGAGCCAUCCAAGCUCCCAAAGUUAAUUGGUGGGACAAGUGGAGAGAAUUGUCCUCAGCUGAGAAAGGGAGAUGAUAGCCAUUGAGAUCCCUGAGGUACCAUUCUCACCUUCCUCUGUCUCUACCUACUUCCCCCUUGCCAAUCCUGGUUUCUGUCAUGGUUAUUCUAAUCAUUCAGACUAUAAUGAGGCCAAGAGUGUGUUUUUUGGGGGGUUGGUGUUUUUAAGGUCAGGUACCCAGUGGCCCACCUGAGUGGAGUUUGAAUAGGGUUUAGAUCCUUUUUUCCCUUUUCCUUUCCUGUGUUUGAUUUUCAUGCUGCUUUGAUUGGUUGGAUGACUCUGGUCACUUCAGGUUUCUUUUCUUAGCCCAGGGUGCAAUCUGCCCUUUCCAGGGCCGCCCCUUCUGUCAACAGAAUCGGAUGAGCAGGAUGUGGUGAGCGCCAUCUUGGCCCCCAUCAAUCAGCUUAGCUCAGACUCCCCUCUCCCCUGGGCUCGGAGCCCAAGGACCCAAAGCAGGAGGGCAGGAAGGGCCCCAACUUAUUCUUUCUAGCUUAGAAAACUUGGCUCUUUUUCCUGGUUCUAAAAGUCUCUUUCUCUCCCAGCGCCAAGCAGCAGUGGUGGCUCUGCUUUAAGGGUAGUUAAACAGCUAAGAUGUUCUGAGGAGCAGGAAUGGAGGAUGAGGACGGAGAGGCCAGGCUCAGACAAGGAUAAGGUGGGAGGAGUUUGGUUGCAAUUCACCCAAAGCAGCUGUGGUCAUGAUGUGUUCUCUUUCUCAGUGAAAACCAGUUCCUGAGAAGGUUUAUAUUUUUAGAAGAAAUGUGAACCUGUUCAUUAAACAGAAAGUGAAAAUACUCCAGAAGCAGAGGGGAGGGUAAGGCCCUUCCAGCCUGCUUUUCGCUCAUGGUUAGGGGAGGGGAGGACUCACUCUCUUGAGACAGAGAUUCAGGCUUGGAGAUUUCCAUCCAAAGAAUCCAAUCCUCCAGAUGGAUUUACAUUCAUUUUCCUACAGCUCAUCAUUGAGUCUGUGGCACACAGGAAAGAGAGAGGGUCAGUGCUGGCACCAAUCUGCACCAGCUCCCUGUUGGUUUCUAACAUGGUAGGGCCAGAAAGGGCCACUUGUCCCCUCUGUUCCUUUACUUCCUCUCUUCAGGAAAUGGGAGGCCCUGUUGAAAGGUUAGCUUUUUCCUUCAGACUCAGAUCUGGUGAAGAGAAAGUUCUUUAUCCUAUCUCCAAGUGAAAAAUGAUUUUUUAAAAACAACCCUCUAUUCUUCCUACAAAAUUUAGCCCCACUCUUGUAGGCACUGUAGGUCUCUUGAAAAUAGAUUUGUGGGGCAGCUAGGUGGCACAGUGGAUAGACCACUGGCCCUGGAUUCAGGAGGACCUGAGCUCAAAUCCGGCCUCAGAUACUUAACACUUACUAGCUGUGUGACCCUGGACAAGUCACUUAACCCCAAUUGCCUAGCAAAAAAAAAAAGAAAAGAAAAGAAAGAAAAUAGAUUUGUGAACCCAAAGGAGCAGUGUUGAAAGCUUCUUUGGGUCUCCUCACCAGCCAACUGAUAUCAUUGGGAGCUGCACAGAAAUGGCCAACCCGUCGGGAGUUUCCACGUACACAGGUUUCUGUUUUAGUCUAUUUGGUUAAUGGAAAAAAAGAAAAGGCUGGAUCUCCAAGCCUUAUCUCUUAGGUACCACUAACCUCCUGAAUCUGGGCACAUUCUCAGGGGCCUUCUAGAGUCAGAGUACCCCAUUUUGGUUAUCUCUUUAGAAUUUUGAUGGGCAAAAAUAACCCAUCCUCACCUUACCAUUGUGCUACUCUUGUCUUCCCACUUUAAUAAUAUCAUAGGCCACUUUGUGUCCUCAUAUCCUUUCUUUGGGUUUCAGGAUUAGAAUCCUCCCCAACCAUUCAUCCCUGAAGGAGGUAGGCUCUGUGACCUGUUCCUACCCUCCCUUCCAGGCUAGCUAGCCCUGGGGAUGAAUGGAACCAAGCCAGGCUGACAUUACUGAGCAAUGAUAGCAGAUUGGAAGAGUGAGCUAGCUGCUAGCCUUCAGAAAGAGACCUUCAGAAAGGGAACACCUGCCAUGCUGAGGCCUGGCCCUGUUCUGGCCUCAGAAGGUAGCUACACACAGAACAAGGGAGCGAGGACCCCAGAUGGAGUCCUGGUGGUUGGCUGAAUGUGGAGGGGGUGGGGGAGGGAAGGAAGGGUAGGAAGGGUGUUCUUCUCUCCUCCCAGACUUCCCCCUCCCUCCCCACAAGCUCCAAACUCCUCUCCCAAGCCUUCUUUCUCACAAAGCUGCCAACAGGAGGUGCAGGGCCCUGAGAUCUCAGCUUUCCUAGAAUCUACUGUCAAAAUCUUCUGCUAAAAUCAUCAAAUCAUAAUGAUUCUGAGCACGGAUGGGGGUUAACUAGGUCGUUUGCCUCUUCAUGAUGUGGGGUAGGGGGACCAGGACCAAGUUAGUCUGGGGGGCAGCUAGGUGGUGCAGGAGUACCUGAGUUCAAAUCCGGCCUCAGACACUUAACACUUACUAGCUGUGUGACCCUGGGCAAGUCACUUAACCCCAAUUGCCUCACUAAAAACCCAACAAAAAGUGCCUGGUCUCAAGUCAUCUGGCUUGUCCCCUUUGGUCUCCACAGUUACUCCUCAGAUACAUAUUUGAGAGAGUUGCUCCAUUCCCAGAUCCCUCUUAAUAGUAUAAAGGGGGAAAGGAGAGGCCUCUUUCUGAAAAGGGCCCUGAAUGUUGGGAAAGGAAACCACCCAAAAUGGGUAUCUGGGAGCCAGAUCUUUCUCACCUCACAGGGCUAUUGUGAGGAAAGGACUUUGUAGACAAUAAGAUGAGGUGAAAAAAAAUCAUUUCCUAGGACUAAAAUGAGACCAGUGGCUUCUCCUACCCACCUUAGCCCCUAAUAAUGGCCAUUUAUCUAAGCUAAGGAUGGCGCUGUUAGACCAUCAUUUACUGUAGAAUUCCCCUUUUCUAUGAGGGCACAAGUUGAAUUUUUGUCAACCCACAGGGACAGAACCGUAGCUUACUUUCUUAUUCUGUUGGUUCCUCAGCCCCCCCAACUUUCCCUCUUCAACCCCUAUAGAGAAGCCAAGUUCAAAUUUAGUGUUUCUUGGUAGCGUUUGAGCCGAAGAAAAGGCUUUGGUUGUAUGUAUGGCUCGGCUACGGCUACAAGACUGGAGUAUAGGGGCAUUCCUGGUUGUCUGGGACAGUGGAGAGUGAGGUUUAGGGUUCUCUCAUGGCUUUUGUUGAGGAUGAUUUCAACUUCUUGCUGUUGUUCCCUUAGUUUGGCCCAGGGCCCUUCCUCUAUUUCCCUUGAUGUUAUGUCUUGAAUUUCACUCUCCCAUGUUGAGUAGAAAUUAAGGCCAGUUUCUAACUCCCUUCUUCUUAAAACACACACAACCCAGUUUCUGCUAUUUCUCUCAGUGGCACCUCAGGUUUAGAAACUGAGUUCCCCUUGUCUCUGACCACUUUCUUACUUCCCAAAUUCCUUUGACUUCUUCUUUUAGGAUCUUUUAGGUACCUGGCACUCCUACCCCAUUACAGAUUUUUUGAUCACCUCAAGCCUGGAUUACAGUAAUAACCUUUUAACUAGGCCUCUGCUUCCAUUCUCUUCCCCCUGGGAUAUAUCCUAUGUGUCACCAGACUUGGUUUGCUGAAGUACAUCUCUGAUAUCCUUCCCCUUGAUAUACCUACCACCCAUACACUCACCUUUGCCUGCGGAAUAAAUCCCAAAUUCAGCCGCCUGCCAUUCAACUAGACUUUACCCUUUCCCUGCACUGUUCCUUUCCUGAUAUUAUUCUACCUCUCCCUGAUGUGUACCACCCACUAUCUCCAUCUAUCAAAAUUUUAACCAUCCCAUAAGGCCCUGAUUAAAGGCUACCUCUUACCACAGGUAACAAGGCCUUCCCACCCUUCCUUUAUUUCUUGCAUAUUCAAGCUAUGAGGUGGUAGUGGUCUUGCAUGGAUAGCUCCCCAGGGACAAGGACCCCAUCUUAUUUAGCUUUGCCCUAGGGCCUAGCACAAUGCCCACACAUUGGUAGGUUUUAAGUAUGUGUUCAACAAAUGCAAUAUACAGAUCUAAAAGGAAUUGGCAGAAUAGUUUUCAUUCCACUUGGGCCUUGGGAAGAGCAGGUGAGGAGUGAGCCCUCCUUCCUUCAGCCUCAUGUUUACCCACUAGAGACUAUUGGGUAACUGCUAGAGGAUUUGGCUUAGGCUGAACCCCAACCUUCUUAAAUGUCCCUCCCUGGGAUGCCUCCCCACCCCCUAGAGUGAGGAGAACCUGUUCUAAUCUCUUCCUUGUUUAUAAAUUACCAAAGAGCAGGGGGAGGGACUGCUAGGGCCCAGUGUAGCCAGCCAGGCCAGCAGGGGAGGUUGGCCGUUCUGGAAGCAAACAGCAUGAAAUGGACACUCGCUUCUGGUGGAAUUUCAUCUCCAACCAGCUCUGACAGGCCAGUUUGGGUUUCAACUGUAGUUAACAUGACCCAGGGAAGCUUUGGAUGGCCGUGGCCUUGUCCUAGCAUGGGGUGGGGGGGGGGGGCUGAGAAACAUGAUUUAUGUUCAAAGGGUUUGCCUCAACAUCUCCCAGGUGUCUGAACUGUCUAAUCCCGGCCAUCUGCUGAGAUGGCUUGUCCAAUGAGCGGGGUUUGUAUGUUGUAUUUAAAAUAGAAACUGGAAACAGAUUUGGGCAUUCUCUGCUCUGAGGAGGUGGGGGUGGGGUAUCAUUUCAAGACUAGGGUUUUGUUUUGUUUUGUUUUUUUCAUUUUUGUGAAAACUGCCAUCCCCCAAAUAGAUCUGCCCUGAAUCUGGCAGGGGGAGAGCAUAGAUGCCCCCAGGCCGAUAGAGGUCUGUCUUGUUUGUCCCUCUAGGGCAGAAAGUUGAGGUCCAGCAUAGAUUCUGGAUUGCCAAUGGGCAGAAGAGGGAAGAAAGCUCUUAAUUCAUAUUGAAUUCAAUUAUUUCAUUUCCAAAAUGACUUCAGAGAUGACAGUGUUGGGUGGCCACCUCUUGGGGUCCCCUUUUCUCUCUUUUCUGUCACUUUCUCUGUCUCCUGUAGCUCCUCGGUCACUUUACUCCUCAGGAGAACACGGGAAACCAUUCUCUUUUUUUGACUUGACCUACCCGGAUAAGGCCAAGGCAAUUUGGAAUGUGAGGCCUUGAGAGUGAACUUUGUAUACUUUAGUCAUUUUUUGAUAUUUUACCUUUUCGUCUAUUUAUGGAUUUAUAAACUUUAUUAAUAAAAAUGUUUAUUUUUAAAAAUA